AUGCUUCCUGUCGAGAUCGGCACAUUUUGGCUUGUGGCUGAAGCUGCGCCCCAUCCCGCUCGCCUAGAUUCGCGUAUCAACUUGGAUAUUGCCCAGAAUCUCUGCACUAUGAUUCGAGAUGCUACAACAGCAGACACUACUCGUUCUCCUUCCCGCACCAAACUUACAAUCGAUACCAUCCUCCGCUCCCUCGGCCUUGCUGUCUUCCAAAGCUCGAAAGACGGCGGAAGAAAGAAAACAGCUUUAGACAAAAGUCGUUCACAAGCCCUUUCCAGAUGUGCUGUCCACAUCAUCCCAAUUAUUGGCGCGAUUGUCAUCAUUUCCCUGAACUUCAAGGCACUAUACAUUGGCGCAACCUUGAAUGCAAUAACAGCUCUUCAAUUCGCCGCCAAGCUUCACGAAAUUACAAUGGUGGCAUCUAUUGCGUGUAUCGUUUUCUCCUAUCUGCGAUACCAGUUGACGUUAGGAGACGGCUUACCACUCGGGGCUACGAUCGCUGGUUUGGAACUCACUCGAAUCAGCUAUUUGUGGUCACUCGGAUUCUGGGGAGCUCUGAUGUCUCCUAAUUUCUCGCUGAAGCAAAAAGUCCAAUUCGUCCUUGUUGUUGUUCCGGCUAUUGUUCUGGUAGCGACAGUUGGUCCCAGUAGUGCUGUAUGCAUGAUUCCCAGAACGUCAUAUUGGCCUGCUGGAAGCACAGAUAUAUGGAUAAAUGGUACUUAUGAUGAACUAUACUCUACAUUUGUGGAUGCGUCAGGGGUACCUUCCACUUGCGCCAACACUUCGAUAGCAGCGGGCUUGGAUGGGUGUCCUUCAAAUUCUUGGCAAGGACUGCUCAACUAUAUCCCGUUCUUCAACGCAACUCUAGGCCCGCCAAACUCCAAUUGGAUCUCAACGACUACCUUCGGAGUAGACUUUCUUACAAUACCAAUAUCGGUUGGCCUUGCUGGUGUUCAUUCGAUUCGGUCGCUAUACAUUACUGUUGACGACGUUAAUCAAGGAGGGAGUUCUGAUCCACUGGCCACCAUCCAGCCUGCUCCUCUAGCCGAUGCAUUGGUGCUCGUCGGGAGCAUGUGGGCUACUCUAAAUGCCACGCUAUAUGGAAGAUGGUCGAGCCGGCUCGAUUCGAUCCACACCAUGGAAAUUCUUCAGCCAUUUGUGGGAAUGACUUGCAACUGGCAGGAAGUACCCAUUGAAGGCAAUAGCGACGCUAGAACAGUAACAUUCCCCCAAGGCAUGUACAUGAACACUACUGUCGGAUACAUCGACUACGAUGGGAUAUCCCGAUCUGAUUUAUGGAACACUCCCGGUGAUAUCAGCAAGCCUCGGUUGGCGUUUGUAGAUCUCCCCGAUCCUCAAUUCAGCAACGUCUCAGUUGGCGUCGUUAUUCUCGAGCCUCGGAACCCCGCCAACAACACUCAAGCAAUCAUUCCCUGUAUCCUAGCUGCAGGCUGGGGACAGUCCAAAAUGAUACUUUCAACAGGAAACAACCUCCAACGCGGCACAGCAGCUGUCCAAAGUACCAGUUUUGUGGAGCCAUUCCAGGAGAGCUACCCAACUAACUACUGCUUUCCUUCUUUUCCGCUAAUACACAUCAACAUCACCAAAGACUGGGCAGCCUAUAUGAACCCUUUCUUGCCCUUGCAAAACACCACAGUUUUCGGUGCGCUAUCCAGCUUGAUGAACAACGGAGAAAUAUCCACCGGCACCAAACAAGAAAAAGUAAACGAAGAAGGAAUUUACACCUUCCUCAUAACCUCCCUCCUAGCCAACGCCCUCUCCAACAACUCACCCAGCCUCUCCAUCCAAGGAAAUAUCACCGUAACGCCUUCCGGACGAGCAAAUGGCAAUUCGUGGCUUUUUCACAACGCAAAUAUGUUCACCAUUCCUUCCUCCCCUCAGACCGCAAACUGGACUAAACUCCGCAUCGACUCUUUCGUGCAGGGCUUAUCCUUAUUGCGGGUGUGCAGCGGCGCAUUUGGUGUACUGCGUUGGUGUUUCCGGAGUCAGUUCUUCUGCUUGGGAUACGAUUGCUGAUUUACUCGCGUUGGCGCUGGGCUCGAAGAAGUCGGACGAAAUGGGAGCGGGGAUUACUAUGGAUAAAGACGUUUUUGAGAACUGGGUGAGAAUUAUGGCUACGGUGGAAGGAGGAUUGGAGUUGGUUCUCGAGAAUGAACUGCAAGAGGAAACUCAUAGGAAGAUGGAGGUUGGUGAGGAGUAUGGGAGUAUGGAUUGAGGAGGGUUGUUGCUGCUAAUGUACAGGAUUGUAGAACUUGAGGAUAUUCUCUCUUGUUGGGGGUCUUUUUCCAAAAUUUUACGGAUAUAGUUAUUUUGACUGAGCAAUGACGCACAUAAGGACUGGGGGUAUCGAUACCAAUUUUAGCCUAUCCACCUCAGG